CCCACCUCUCCCCAGCCGAGCCGAGCCGAGCCGGGACGAGCAGGGACGAGCUGAGCCCGAGCCGAGCGGGGACGAUCCGAUCCAAACGGCACCAUGCUGGGCAUGAUCAAGAACUCCCUGCUGAGCACAGUGGAGACAUGGCCCUACCAGGUGCUGAGCAAGGGGGAGAAGGAGCAGGUCAGCUACGAGGAGCGGGCGUGCGAGGGAGGGCGGUUCGCCGUGGUGGAAGUGCUGGGGAAGCCGUUCGAUGAAGCCUCGAAGGAAGGGGUGCUCAAGCUGCUCAAGUAUGUAGGAGGAACCAACGAUAAGGGGGUUGGAAUGGGCAUGACUGCUCCUGUCUCCAUCAGUGCUUUUCCUGCUGAAGAUGGCUCCUUGCAGCAAAAAGUGAAGGUUUCUCUGCGGAUCCCAAGCCAGUUUCAAGCCAACCCUCCUUGUCCUACUGAUGGAAGUGUUAAGAUUGAAGAGAGAGAGGGGAUGACUGUAUAUUCCACGCAGUUUGGUGGCUAUGCCAAAGAGGCGGAUUACGUGAACUAUGCUGCCAAGCUGAAGUCUGUUCUGGGGAGUGAAGCUGCAUACCACAAGGAUUUCUACUUUUGCAAUGGUUAUGACCCUCCUAUGAAGCCUUAUGGGCGACGCAAUGAGGUCUGGUUUGUGAAAGCGUGAGCAUCUGUCUGCCAGUGGUACUGGCUCGCACUGAUAACCUCCCCACACUAUGUCCCUGUCUUCUUCAAAAUAAAGUAACAAUUUGGCAGAG